AAAUUGUACUUCUCAGAGUAGUUUUAAUGCAGCAAAGGACAUUUUUUUUUUUUAAUGCAGUAGAUUUUUAAAGAAAAAAAAAAAUCAUCACUUUUACUUGUUACAUUUGGAUACAUUCAUCACGCUAAUUCUAUUUAUUUAUUCAUUAUUUUUUUUUUAUCAUUUUGCGGAUUCAGGAUCCCAGGUGGUCAGCUGGUCUCAGGUGGACAGCUGGUCCCGGGUGGUCUGCUGGUCAGCUAGUCACAGGUGGUCAGCUGGUCUCAGGUGGUCAGCUGGUCUCAGGUGGUCAGCUGGUCCCUGGUGGUCUGCUGGUCAGCUAGUCCCAGGUGGUCAGCUGGUCCCAGGUGGUCUGCUGGUCAGCUGGUCCCAGGUGGUCAGCUGGUCUCAGGUGGUCUGCUGUUCAGCUGGUCUCAGGUGGUCUGCUGGUCUCAGGUGGUCAGCCAGUCCCAGAUCUGUCAUCCUCUCGCAGCCACGCCCCAACGUGACUCCGUCCAGAGAGCAGCAUGGCUGCAGCUACCUGCAGGAGCAGCGUUCACGUUACAGCUGUCAAUUAGCGCUAAUAGCAGCUAAUAGCGCACCGUGCAGCGGGCUCCGUUUAUCAACGCUGACGGUGCAGUGUGUAGGAUCUGCUGGCAUCUAGUGGUGAGCACAAUGCAACCAACUGAAGCUUCUCCCGUGUGCCAAGCGUGUAGGAGCGUGUAGGCCGACGUGGAAACGUGAAUGGUCCUCUCUAGAGCCAGUGUUUGGUUUGUCCGUUCUGGGCUACUGUAGAAACAUGGCGGCUGGCUCCGUGAAGAGGACCCGCUCCGUACAAACGGCUCAUUCCAAGGGACGCAGUUAUGUACAACAUUACGAAGUCCAAAAAUGUUCCUUGGUUGUACCGUCCCCCGUGAUGAUGGCUGCUGGCUGACCUCUGGCUCUACCUCCUUAACUCCUAAGGCCAGGUCCAAGAGCAUGGUGAUGGGCGAGGUGUCGCGGGGCCCAUGCCGGCCGGCCUCCCCCAGCCUCCAGGAAGGGGCGCUGAAAGCCGGCUGGCUGAAGAAGCAGCGAAGCAUCAUGAAGAACUGGCAGCUCCGCUGGUUCGUGCUGCGCUCGGAUCAGCUCUUCUUCUACAAAGACGAGGAGGAAACCAAACCACAGGGCUGCAUACCUCUGCAAGGAUGCCAGGUCAACGAACUCACAGCUAAUCCGGACGAACCAGGAAGACACCUUUUCGAGAUUGUACCAGGUGGAACAGGAGAGAAGGACCGGGCGCCGAUCAGCCAUGAGUCCUUCCUGCUCAUGGCGAACUCCCAGACAGACAUGGACGACUGGGUCAAGGCCAUACGGCGGGUCAUCUGGGCGCCGUUUGGAGGAGGGAUAUUUGGUCAGCGUCUGGAGGACACGGUUCAGUACGAGAAGAAGUUUGGCCCCCGGCUGGCCCCCCUGCUGGUGGAGCAGUGCGUGGACUUCAUCAGGGAGAGGGGUUUGGACGAGGAGGGUCUCUUCAGGAUGCCGGGGCAGGCCAACCUGGUCAAAGAGCUGCAGGAGGCCUUCGACUGCGGCGACAAGCCUCUCUUUGACAGUAACACAGACGUCCACACGGUGGCAUCCUUGCUGAAGUUGUACCUGCGAGAGCUGCCAGAACCAGUCAUUCCCUUCUCCAAAUAUGAAGACUUUCUGACCUGUGCACAGCUUUUGGCCAAAGAUGAGGAGGAGGGGGUCCAGGAGCUUGGAAGACAAGUUAACACUCUACCUCUACCCAACUACAAUCUCCUCACGUACAUAUGCAAAUUCCUUGAUGAGGUCCAGUCACACUCCAUUGAGAACAAGAUGAGCGUCCAGAACCUCGCCACAGUAUUCGGACCAAAUAUCCUUCGACCCAAGAUGGAGGACCCGCUCACUAUCAUGGAAGGCACCUCUCUGGUCCAGCACCUGAUGACAAUCCUCAUCAGGGAACACGACCGUUUCUACUCGGGGAGGGACCAGGAGGGAUCUGCCGUACCCCAAACAGAGCUCCCUGUCCAGGGGCACCAGCUCCAGCAUCGCAGCCUUGGAGCCUGGAUCUCAGAGGAAGACCUCCAGAGCUGCCCGGUGUCCAACCCCGACCAGGAACUGCACAGCAGCGCCUCGUCUCUGGAUGCCAAACUGUGUGGGGCCGUCACUCCCACCCAGAUCCCGAACCUGAACCCUGGACCAAAACUGGGGUCUCCAUCGGGGAAAGGAGAGACGGUGGUCAGCCCGAGUAAACAAUCCAAGACCAUACCUUCCUGGAAGUACUCUUUCAAAAGCUCCUCUGCACCUCGUUCCCAGCCGCAAGGCAAGCAAAGCAGCAGCGGCAGCUCUGUGGCUGAUAACACUAGUGUAUCUUCUGGUGGAGGAAGUGGAGGUGGAGGUGGAGGUAACUGGCUCAUGAACGGUUUGUCCUCCUUGAGGGGACACCGGCGCACGUCUUCAGGCGAGCGGUCCGCCCGCGAUCGGGACUCCACGGGCUCCUCGCAGAGACUGUCCACCUACGACAAUGUCACCUCUUCCUCCAGCAUGGGGAGCGUUCCGAGUGUCUCCAGCACACCUUGGUCCACUUCCUCCUGCGAGAUCUCUGUCCCCGACUCGGCCAGUGAGCCCUCACCGAACCAGAACUGCGGUGAAAGUGGGGAAAAAGGGGAGUGGAUGGAGAGCCAGAGGGAGACCGACGGAGGAAGAGAUGGAGGGAUGACGACAGACCCCCCGAGCUCUGAGCAGGACAGCUGUGAGGCCAUGGAGCUGUGCAGCAGCAGCGCAGCCUGCAGCGAGAACGGAAACAUGGCCGUGGCGGCCGGCAUGCCGUCUAUUAUCAUGACCGAGGACGGAGACGGAACAAAUGUAACACUGAGCAGUCUGGUGGAAGGACUGAAGGACGAGUUGAGGAAUCAGAAGACGACGUACGAGGCCAGGAUCCAAAAACUGGAGGAGUCCAGCGCCGCUCUGUGUGCGCACAUGGAGCGUCUGGAACAAGAGAUGGAGCAGGAGAGGAAGAAGCAACGCAUGCUGGAGAUCAAACUGCGGAACUCGGAGCGGGCGCGGGAGGACGCGGAGAACCGCAACCGGCUUCUGGAGAAGGAGAUGGAGGAUUUCUUCUCCACGCUGGGAGAUCUGGCCCUGGGUGCGAGGACUAGUGACAUUUAAUGCGACGUCCGUCUGUGGCCAAAACUGUCAGGGUUUGUAUUUCGGGGGGGGGGUUGGUUGUCUCCCAAGGGCUCACGUCCUCGUCAGCGUAUCAGGGCGUUCCUUCAAAAGAAAAAGAAAAUAAAGGGAACUGGCCAUAUUUGUGUACAUUCAGGACAAAGGGAGCUGAAAUAUGGAGUUGACAGGAAAUUCUGAAGGGUGCAAAUAUGAAAUUGGGACUAACUGUGUGUUCUUGUCAGAAUCAUUUCCAUCGAGCAGUUUUGAGUUUCUCACGCAUGCUUGAAAUGGAAGGUUAAGAUAAGAAGACGGCUCUCUUGUGUGAUUACACUCCUUGAUGAGUCCAGGGUUUGUCUUGUGAAGGCAGUAUUUUAACAGUUCAGGUGUGAACAUUAUGUAAUAUCUCUGACAUUCUCUAAACUGGAGAGCACUGACUUCUUCAACCACUACUUUACAAGGACGUUACAUGAAUGGAUUUCAUGCUUAAACUGUAUGACUCUUUAGAGACAUUAAUGUUGAAUGCUGACUGAUAUUUAUCUUUAUGUAAUAGUGCUACAUUUUGGGAAAUAGCUACACUAAUUUGCCUUCUUGCUGAGAGUUUUAUGAGAGGUUUGAUACCACUCAUGUCUGUAGGAUGUACACGAAUCUUGUUAAGUAAACAAGUCGAUAUUGUCGUUGGCGUCUCCCUACAAUACGCACGCUGUCCUAAGAAGUGCACAAUUUUCAACUCUAGGACCUGUGCAGUUCUCAGCUGCCUAACAUGGUCAAACAAGUAACGUCAGCUAGGUUAACACUGCUUAGCUAACAACGUUAGAAACUGUCUAGGGGCUACGAUGAUGAACUCAACGACCUGUGGUGUUCUAUAACGUUAGUUGCUCCAACUAGGGCAACAUAAUGACCACAAAGUAAACAUCAUUAAUCGGUCGGCAUCACAAACAGAACAUGUACUAAGUGUCUGCUAACUGUGUUAGCCUAGCGCUGCUAAAAAGAAAAAAAAAAAAGUUUUUACACUUUUUUUUUGUAAGAAUUAAACAAACAACAUAUAACAUGUUAAUUAGUUAGCUUUAGAGGUGUGGGUUAGCAGAUUUUUUUAAAACUUUGGCCAGCGCUAGGCUAGGUCUUUCCCCCUGUUUUAUGUCUCUGUUAGCUAAACGGCUGCAGCUUCAUAUAUAGACGAAUCUGGCGACCGCUUUGGUGGCAAGUUGUAGUGACUCCAUUGUCUGCUAACAUUAACUGGUGACACUCAGCCAAAUGCAUCGUGGUCCUCGUAAAAAGCCUUCAAUUUGAUUUUUAUCAAUUUGAAAUACAUACUCAUCUGUGUUUAUUAUCUACGGCAACUAUUUACGUAUGCAACCACGGACGUUUUCGGCCAAAAGUCACCAGUUAGUACUGUUAGCAGACGGUACAGUCACUACAAUUUGCCAUGGCAGUAAUGGCGACGGCGCUAGUCGCCGGAACACACAAAGCGUUCCCCAAAGUUUUCAAUCAAAUUUGCAAAACAAUACCUCUAAAGCUAACUAAUUAUUAGUUAACUAAUAACUAGUUAUAUCUUGUUUGUUUAAUUGCUACAAAAAACAAAGUGUAAAAACUAUUUUUUUUUUCCUGUUUAGAAACGCUAGGCUAACUCUAACCACUGUUAUGAACCUUUAUGUUAAGCUAGGCUAA